AUGGUUUCUAUAAACGUACCCAAUGGGCAAACGGCUGUCAAGGUCAAGGUGAUUGACAAUGGAGCACGCAUCACGGGGCCGAUGGCAUUCUUCCUCGACCCGCCCAUUCUGGCAGAGGCACAGAGGCGCGAGAAAAUGCACGCCCCCGCGUUCAGCUUCUUGGUUGAGCAUGAAGGUCUUCAGCGGAAGGUCGUGUUUGACCUUGGUAUUCGAGCAAACCCUAAUCAGUACCCCCCAGCGGUGCUGAAGUACCACGAGGCAUUCUCCCUGGUGACUGGCCGAGAGGUGUAUGAUGUUCUGAAGGAUGGGGGCGUGGAUUUGAGCACCAUUGAAGCCAUCAUAUGGAGUCAUCAUCAUAUGGAUCACACGGGCAACCCGAACGGCUUCCCAUCCUCCACCGACUUGAUUGUAGGGCCAGGGUUUAAAGAGACCCUGCUACCAAGCUACCCCGAAAACCCUGAGGCUAUGAUAGGCCAAAGGGAUUACGAAGGACGAAACCUCCGGCAGCUUGACUUCAAAGAGGAGUCGAAAGGGCUAACAAUCGGGGGCUUCCCUGCCAUCGACUAUUUUGAAGACGGGAGCUUCUAUCUGCUCCAAGCACCUGGUCACUCUAUUGAUCACAUGGCUGGAUUGGCACGGACAAGCACCUCUCCCGAGAAAUUCAUCCUCAUGGGGGCGGAUAUCGGUCACCAUGCAUCUCAGUGGCGGCCAAGCGAGCAUCGACCGAUUCCCAAGGAGUUAACACCCUCUCCUUUCGGGGCUGAGUCCAGGUUCAACCUCCGCCUGAAUGUGUGCCCAGGUGAGCUAUUCAGCGAGCAUGUACACCCUCAAGGCCGCGAUGAUGUCCCCUUCACCAGAGUCAAGGCUGGACAUCCUUACGAUGCAGAACAGGCGCAGAGAGAUGUUGAGAGGAUGGUCUCUUUUGAUGAGGAUGACAGGAUCAUGGUCAUUGCGGCCCAUGAUUUCACCCUCCUCCCCAUGCUGGAGUACUUCCCGAAGGAGGCCAAUGGGUGGCAUGAGGCGGGUUGGAAAGAGUCAAGCCGCUGGGAGUUUCUGAAGGGUCUUGCUUGCCUCGUCCCGGAGACGGCUGCCCGGACCUAG